AUUACCUUAUUCAGAUGAACACACAAAUUCCAUGCUGAACUUGUCUCCCACAUAACAUCAUUACAGAGCUUUACCUACCUGUACCCUCUCUACUUCCUGCCUACCUCAAGCCACCUCACUCUCUCCAGUAGAGAAUCCGGUAUCGUUCACGGAUCAGCAGACAAUGAAUACCUUUCAAGCAUACAAUGCGGCAACUUCGGCCUAUCUGGCCCUGCAAGCCGUGCCGCUCCUGCUUUCCCCCAAGCUGAUCGUCAACCUGCUGGCCUCAGAACCACGACUGGUCACCGACGUCGAGACGUACAUGCUGCGCGCGCUCGGCUUUGCACUCCUCACACUCUCCGUCUUCACAUUGAUCCUGACAGGCCUGCUGCCUGUAGCGCCCUUAUCCAGCGCCGACAAGGGCGCCGACAACCCCUAUGCCUCCCCGACUGCCAUCACCGCAACCUUCUAUCACGGGCUCUCAGCCUUCUACCUCUAUGCGCAAGUCACACGCUAUGGCUUCAGCUUCGGCUUCGGCACCGGCAUGAUGCUCUCUGCAGCACUGUUUUGCGGUGGAGUCUUCACUUGUUUGUUUGGGAAUGAGCGGAGCAGAGUCAGCAAGACAACGGGAGCUGACAAGAGAACGUCGAAUUAUCCAUUCACAAAUGCAGAAUCUGCCAAGGAAAAGAAAAAGGAUAGUAAGAGGAAGUCUAUGUCGUCGAAGAUCAGAUAAGCGAUAAUGGCGCUAGGAAACCUGCUCCGUCUCAUAUGACACGCAGAAGCCCUGCAGGCUCACCUGCCACUCAAGUGGACAAUCGUACUAAAAAGCCCGUAAUGAUCCCCCAACUCGCCCUUGCACUUUCGUCAGACGUUUCCAAUGACUACCAUGAACCUCAGCUUGCCAUCGCCCUUUCCCUUCAUCUCCAUCCUCUCCCGCUGGGCAUCGUCGGCUCCCUCAUCCACCUUCCUAUCCUCUUCAGGAUCAAGCAAAUUUUCGUCUAGACCCAGUGAUGAGGACUUCCAGCCCCAAGACUGCGAGAAAUUAAACUUGUCCGGCGCGGAUUCGUACACAGAAAGCAUCCGACCCCCUCGACUCGGGCUGUAGAUUUUGAAGUAUGUGCGUAUCGUAGGCCGCGCGUCGACAUAUGGAGGAAGAGUAGGGACGUGGAAACGAGAAGCAGCGGCCGCAAGGCGCUUGGUUUCCGAGUCGGAGCCGGAGUCGUCGCUACUGUGUGGUUCUUGAUGAUGGAAAUUGGGAGUCUUGGAGUGAUCCUUGGUGUUCAUGGAAGGCGAGCUGCUCGUGUCUGUCUGGCUCCGCUUGCGGCUUCUGUAGUCCAUGGGGUUCCUCGACGUGCGCGUGGCGGUCGCAGCAUCGUCGGCAUCGUCAGCACCAGCACUGCCGCUGCUGUCGAACUCAUCUCCAUCAAGACCAUCGGGACCGCCAAUGUUGUUGCGUCGACGUUGACGUCGUUCGCUACGCAAAAUCAUUUCUCGUUCCAAUUGACCAAUUCGUUCGUCAACAUUGCCUUGCGCCAGACCUGCUGUGCCAGCGAUGACUUCUUCGGUUUCGCGCUCUUUGGCUCGAUGGAGGUAGACGCCCAGCUGCUUACUUCUCGAUGAAGCAACUUUCUGGAUGUAGAUGUUCCAAAGGCUGCCGGCAUAGAAGACAGUUCUGCUGUAUACACGCCUCUUGUCUUUAAGCAGCCUCGGGUUCGGAAACUCUGCCGAGAAUCGGAAUGGGGGAAAGUGAGUGUACUUGAGAGUGUUUGAUUCAGGCUGGACAUGCGACGAGUCGAGUGAGAGUGGAGGCCGGGGCGCCGAAGUCACGGCAGCAAAGUCAGCAGCCCACUGCACAUCUUCGGGUUGUAAGGUCGCGCUGAGUCGGCUCGCAUGUCGCUGCAAAUUGGUGUCAUGCGAAGUGGCAAUGAUGGGUUCUGCGUUGCCGCCCAUGACGAUGUUACAAUCCGACGAUGGUAUCCAGAAUUUGCGUGGCCUGCCAUUGCCAUCCCACGAGCCACUGUCGAUAUCCUCGUCGGGUGCUGUCUCUUCGGUGGCUUUACGCUUCCCCUUUGAUUGCUCGGUACCAGAACUUGCGUGUAUAGACAUCGUCGUUUCUCUGGUUGCACCUAGAGUUGCGUCUUCCGUACAUUCGAUGCUGAGACCAAGGUCCAGCUCGACCUCACGCGCGUUCAAGACCUUCUGUCGUAGUUCCAUUUGCUGCCAGAGAGCAUUACUGAUUACCUGAGUACUGGCUACUGGCAAUCCCAAGCAGUCUUUAGCACACUGGAUAUACUGCAGUUGCUCGAAUUCCAAAUGGAGAUAGUGGAUGCCUUCCUCGAGCAGCACCAGCAGUGGUUCAACAUCCGGAUGUGUGUACAGUGAGAUCCAUUUCUGCAGGUUGUCGCCUCUACCAGAGCCACUGUCGCCCCUGCGGUAUACGCCAUCGAAGCGGAUAGCCAUGAUGCUCGCGCUUUCGGGCACUUUUUGCAAUUUUCGCCGACUUCCAGGCUCCAGGAGAUUGGCAGCAACUGCCUGCUGUCUGAGCCUGCGGUCCAACAAUCGUUUGGACAAUACCCAUCGAUCGAACUCGCCGUCUAUGAAGAAGCCAUCGCCCCCUACUAUUUCUCGGGUGAUGUCGCCAGGAAUUCCGUCCCAAUAGCGUAGCGGCAUUUUCCAGCCGUCUCUGCAGAGCAUCGACUUGGCACUAGCAAGGACUUUGUCACCAGCUCUGCCAUAGUAGUUCGAAGUCACGAGCUUGAUCAAGGGCGACAGUGUCUCAGUCGUCAUUUGGCGAAGCAUCGACUCAAUGGCCGAGUCGACGAGAUCCUCCAUCUCCAGCCAACAGCUACAAUAUCAUCCAAGGCAGUUAGCUGAUAUCUCGACAGCGUGAUCAAGAUCAAUGACUCCUCACCCAACACAGAACAAUCCCACUGGAUCUUGCUCCUCUUCGGCCAAGUUGCUGCAUCCGUACAGUCUCUUGAGAGCGAGUUCGAAUGCCGUCUGUGAGAUGGAAGGGUCAAUGUCUUCGGGACACACGGUCAUAGAUUUAGCAUUUGAUUCCAGCCACGGUUCCGACAAUGCACUUGCGAAGAAGGGUGCUCGAUCGAGAAUCAGGCGAUGUAACUUAUACUCGUGUCCAAACGCAUGUACAGUAAUGUCCGAGUGCUUGCCUGAGAGCAAACCUCGACUAUACAGAUGAUCCGGCAAGGCAGCCGCGCGAUCACCGUACAACGAGCGUGUAUAUGGCGAGGGAUAUCGUGGUGGGGUGGCCCAUGAGCCGCUCCUGGAAAGAUCAGGUGAAGUAGUGGCGAACAGUCUGCUCAAAGUGGACAAUGUGGAAGACUCGGCUCUACCGUGCCUGGCUCUGGAGGCGGACGAAGGUGGACUUGUGACAUCGUCGACAUCCUUGACGACAGUGGGCAGCAGAUGGGGACCAACUCGACUGUCAGCGUCGUAUUGCUGAGAGCGGAGGGGCAAAACACUGCUGGCGCCAAAUAUGGAACGAGGGAGACUGUCAUGGCGAUUCUGACUGGACUGAUUGCUGUUGGACGGCGGCAGACGGGCGAAUGACCACGGCUCGCUGGCCACGGCGGUGGAAUUCCCUCUGCCACUGCCGCUGCCACUACCGCUGCCGCUGCCAGCGUCUGGAGAAGACGGCGUGGGGCGGGCGGAGUCUGUACUGUCCAUGGCUGCGGCGGCGACAACUGAGGCUGCGGCGGGAGGCGGCGGCGGCGGCGGCGGCGGCGGCGAUUGCGACAGUGAAACUGAUAAUGCC